AGGACAACAUGGCUGCCUCCUGUAGUGUUUUUCGAUUCGUCUCGACUUUUCGCCCUCCUGUGGUCUAUCGCGCCUUCAGAAGAUGUUCAACAAGCAGCAGAGCAUCAAAGACGACUACAGAAGAACCAGCUGGAGAAGAACUGAACCAAACAAAACUGUCACGUGACGUCAGAAGGUUGCUGAGGUCCGUACCAUUCCCAGUCGUGGUGGUAACAACAGCCAAGUACACGACCAACCCCUCUGACAGUGGCUAUCUCAGGGGAGUGACCUGUAGCUCGUUCACCAGCGUGUCACUACAGCCUCCCAUUGUUUCCUUCUGUAUGAACAAGCCAAGCCGGAUGCACAGUUUACUAGUGGAGACCCAACAUUGUGCUGUUCACAUACUAUCAAAGGACCAGAUUCACUACAGUGUUCACUUUGCCACACCAGUGGCAGAUGGACAAGACCAGUUCCAGUCAGUCCCUCAUACACUUGGACACAAGGGUGUUCCCCUCAUCACAGGUGCAGCAGCUGUGCUCCAGUGUCGAGCACACCAGGUUCAUGAUAUCGGGGAUCAUCAUGUAUGGUACGGGGAGGUUUUAGACACCAGUUCAGAGGACACAGUGAAAGAGCCCUUGCUAUACUUUGCUAGGUCCUAUAGAUCAAUUGGUGAUGAGGCAUUUAUGAAUGCAUUUGAAGAUGCUACUCUGCUGUUUGAAGAUUGGACACAUGAGGCACACCUAAGGAUGGCUUGGAACUACAUAAGACGGCAUGGGAAAGAGAAUGCAGUUCCCAAGAUACAAAGGGGAAUUAAGAAAUUCAAUGAGCAAAACAAAGACAAGGUAAAAAGAGGAUACCAUGAAACUGUCACCCAGUUCUAUAUUCAUGCAGUAUCAGAGGCCAUUCAAAAGAUGGACUGUCCAGAGCUGACCUUUGAAGAGUUCGUGGCUCAAAACCCACAUCUCAUGGACCCACAGCUCCCUCUAUACUACUACUCACCAGACAGACUUAAUUCAGAAGAUGCCAGAGUUAGAUUUGUACCACCUGACAGACAACAGCUACCAUCAACAAGCUAGUAUAUGCAUGAUGCUGAAUAGAGGACUUGUCACGUAAAGAUACUUAACAUUUAGCACACUGCAGUAGCAAUUUAGCUGCCAAUUCUCUAUUCAUUAUGUGGUUAGGCAGCAGGCCAGGGAGAUGGUUAAAGUGUAGGUAAUGUGUUACAAUGUUUUUAUACACUGUUGCUUCUCUGUCAGACAUUCCCAAAACUCAUGUUCUUGCCAUUAUCCAUCAGUGUGAAAAAAAAAAUGCAGGAAUGUAAUGUAAAAGUGGCAAGCAGUAGUUGAGUUGAGCAUCUUGUGUAAACUUGUGUAUUUUAACUAAAUAUUUGAAUG